CAGGACGCCGCGGGGGCCAUGGCCGCGGGAUCCCAACUUUAAACACUUGUCGCCGGACCGGAGCGGAGGCGCAAACCCGGGAAAGGCUGGCUCCACCAUGGACUGUAGCUGCGUCUCCGACCUUCUCUUCGCCCCGCCCGCCCUGCCGGCUCUCUGGACCCCUGGGUUUGCCUUCCCGGACUGGGCCUACAAGCCGGAGUCGUCCCCUGGUUCGAGGCAGAUCCAGCUGUGGCACUUUAUCCUGGAGCUGCUGCAGAAGGAGGAGUAUCAGGGGGUCAUUGCCUGGCAGGGGGACUACGGGGAAUUCGUCAUCAAGGACCCCGACGAAGUGGCUCGGCUCUGGGGCAUCCGCAAGUGCAAGCCUCACAUGAAUUACGACAAGCUGAGCCGGGCCCUGCGCUACUACUACAACAAGCGGAUUCUCCAUAAGACCAAAGGGAAGAGGUUCACCUACAAGUUCAACUUCAGCAAAGUCGUACUUGUCAAUUACCCACUGUUGGAUGUGGCAGCAGCCACCACGGGCUCCCCAUUCUUGCUGACCCCUGGUCCCUUUGGGGGGACGCCUGGGCCAGAUGCUCCUCCCCUUACCCCCGAGACACUGCAGACCCUGUUCUCGGCCCCUCGCCUGGGAGAGCCAGGGGCCCGAGCGCCCCUGUUCCCUCCUGAGACAGACAAGCUGCGUCUGGACAGCCCUUUUCCGUUUCUGGGCUCUGGUGCCACUGGCUAUUCCAAGCCCCCCAGCCUGCUGGGUCCUUACAGCCGCGCCUUCCCAGACUACCCCUGGAACUUUAACCCGUAUCUCACUGGCCCCUUCCCCAAGCUGCCCCCCUCUCUGUACCCCCCGCACUUCUACCCUAACCCUCUGGCCAGUACCCUGGGCCACCUGCCCUCAGCAGGGGCUGGGGGAGGCCCUGCGACUUCACCCCUCCUGGCUGCGGCAGGGGAGGGCCUGGGCCCCGAGCGCCCCUCAGGCCUGGCAGCAGCCCCUCGCCUGGCGCUGCCGGGAGCCAGGGGUCCGGAGGCCACACUGGGUGGGAAGGACGACAGCGACUCGGAGCUGGAGAUCACGGAUGUCAGCGGCUGCAGCUCUGACAGCGAGGGCGACGAGGGCCUCCCUGUGCCCCCCAAGGCCAAGGCAAGCAAAGGGGGUAGCGGCAGCUGAACCCGUGUGGGGUGAAGGGUUCCACCAGGGUGGGGGUUGGGCAGCCACUCGUGCCUGGCCUGGCCUGCCCUCAAUGUCCCGCCCAAGGCCGGGGACCAGCCCUCAACCCCCUCCCAGGACUGGGCACUUGGCUGCCCACCUUCUUCCCUCACUCCAGGCUGGGGUCUCCCCUCCCCCAUCCAGAG